AUUUGUUUCCUUACACACUUUUUGAGGUUAUUCUACUAUUUCUUUUUCUACUGUUUCUUUCUCUAGUUAAACAGUUCUUCAUUAAUUUUUAGCCUUUUUUCUCUUCUAGUAUAAAUAUUUAAGGUCUAAAUUAUCUUCUCAGGGCCUCUUUAGCUGCCUACCACAAUUUUGGAUAACUGAUAUUUUAUUAUCAUUCAGUUAUAAGUGUUUCUUAUUUUCUGUAAUAUUUUCUUUGAUAUCCAGGUUACAUGAAAAUGUGUUUUCUAGUUUUCAAAUGUGCAGGAGUUUUUAGUUAUCUAAAAAAUUUUUUUGUAAUUUGUUUGCAGUCUUCUAUUUCCUUUCCAAAGUUUUGUCUGUUUAUUGAGAACUCCCCUGUAACAUUGUUCAAAUGCAUUCUUAUCCCAGUAUUGAGGCCCUGGCUGGAGACCAGUCAGCUCCCAUUUUUGAGGAGUUAGGUCCACACCCCAGUCACUUCCCCUCUUAGCCUCCUGUAGGUGCUCUGGAAUCACUCACUACUCUAGGUCUGGCUGGUUAACUCUGUCCUUGGGUCCAACCGGCGGUGUGGCCCUGCCUGGCUGGCUUCUCUCAUUUUAAGCUGUAAGUAACAGGUCUGACACCAAAUCCUGGAUGUUUUAUGACCAGCUGAGUCCCGUGAAGCUCUUCCUGAAGGCCUUGGGAGUUAUGGCUUCCACUGUCAGUUAUGCUGGUGCAGUGGGUUGAUACAGUACCUGUGGCCUGGGGAUCGAACUUUGUCUUUGGUGUUGAAAUAAGGCUCGGUACACCAGGGGGCGCUGCAGUCUCACGCUGUUGCUUUGCUGCUUGAUGAAGGUCUGUGCUGUGCAGCGUACCCCCUUGCUUUGGGAGAGGGUUUGCUCCCUGUGUUUUUUGUUGGUCACCUUCUCUCUGGUCAAGUUUCAGAAACUCAGCCCAGUGAAAGUUGGUGUCCAUGAAAAUGUCAGGAGUGUAAAUAUUUGUCAUGUGUCUCUGAAUGUACUGCCUUAAGCAAACCACCUCUCCGUUCUGGGUUCUUAUUUACCUAGCUAUGAAAUGGGCGUAAUAGGCAUUACUAAAAAUUUGAUCCUUCUUUUUUUUUUCAUUUGGUGGGUGGGGAUAUUGUUUAGUUUUGAAACCCUUAAUGGAGAGAAAACCUAUUUAGUGUUUCUCCAGGACAGUAUCAUCAUUACUUUGCAAACCUGUAGACUUUCUCCAGGGCAGUAACCUUUGCAACUUGCAAACCUGAAACCUGCUUUUAACCUGUACACUGGCUCAGAAAUUGAAUGUGGCCCAGUGAGUCUAAGCUGAAAGAUCUCCUGGAUUCCUAGUUACGGCUAAGCACAACAUGCCAAGGCUCAGCCACUUCAAAACCUGUGCAUUUUAUUUAACCUACGAAUUUUCACAGCUAGGGCCGUUUUGAGCACCUGUCUGUAUCAGGCAUCAUGCUGAAUGCUUUACAAACUUCAGCUCGUUAAUCCUCCCACGACCCUCGGGCAUUAUCACCCUUUUUGACAGAUGAGAAAAUUGAGCUUCACGUAGCUCGUAAGUGGUGGCACUGAGAUCCAAACCUGGACUGAGCAGUCUUCAAAGCAACAGCUCUCAGCCAACAUGGACCCUGGAGCUUGGGCUCCCCCCACUCCUGGGGUAAGUGCCUGUCCCUGUGGUCAGUCAGUCACGGGAGCCCAACUGGCUAUAAGGGACCAUCUCCAGACCCACAGUGACUGAGGACCACUGAUGACGAUUUGGACCUCUAGAUAUCAACCAUUCUAGAGUUCUGGAACCUUACCACUGGUCCCCAUCCAGGGAACAGGGAGACUUAAGGCAACGUUUCUCAGAUUGGCUUGCCCAGGGCAACUCGUCCCUCAAGGCCUCCAAUUCCACAGUAGAACCUUCUUCAGACUCCUCAUUUCAACAAUAUGUUGCUCUAUACAAUGGGCAUAGAUUCACUGGUCAAAUAACUACCAGUUUAGGUCAGUGUGGACCCCUGCUCAGGAUCCUGCCUCUGGGGAAGGUUCUUUUGUGUUUCAGUUCACGCAGCCAAAAACCGGAAGCUGAGAUCCACGCAGUGUAAGCUUUAUUCAAUGGCCAGAGGAUGGAGGAGCAGGAACUUAGUUCACAGAUCAGCUUCUUGCCCAGGUGGCACCGCUGCGGGUCACGGCCAUGGGCAGGUGUGUCGUUUAGUAGCUGCUGAAGUAAAACCAGCAUAGAAGGAGACUCGGGCUCCUGGAGGUCAGAUUAUUCUUGGUUCCAGCUGGGUUUGGUUUUCCAUUUCCUACAGCUUCCUCCUUUUGUCUCUGGACCCUGUGAUGACUUAGAUAUACAUUAGUUUCUGUUCAAGGGAGAGGUGGUUGGGUUUUGAACAAGGAUCUGGUGUAAGCUCUGGCAACAAAAUAUAUCUGGGACAUCUUUAUAUCUGCUUCCAGAGUUCAUGAUAAUAUUAGCACUGGAAAGCUGCGCAGCAAGGGCCUGUGUUUAAGAGGAGCCCAAGCCCGGCAUUCCCGAAGCUUGUCUGACCACAGAUCUCCAUCUCUUCACCAUGGGCUCUCUGAGUCUGGCUGCACGGUGCACACAGAGAGCAGUGCUCUAGCUCAGGGUCCUCCGCCUCAGCACUGCUGGCAUCCUGGGCUGGAGGACUCUGUUGUGGAGGGUUGUCCUGUGCCAGGGAGGAUUUUAGCAGCAUUUCUGGCCUCUUCCCAUUAGAAGCCAGAAGCAACUCCCCCAACCCUAAACAAAUACUACUUUUAUAUGUAAAUGUUAUAUAUAUGCAGAUUUACAGUUGAUCUGUGGUAUUAAAAUUUCUUCGGGAGGUGAUUAGGGAAAAAAUAACAUCUGAAAAGACUCUUUAGGAGAAGUGAUGUUAAACAUGCUCUAGCUCAGCUUUUCAGUUCUUAUUCAUGUAAAUGCCCCAGGAAAAAUGACAGACGUGGCUCUUUUAAGCGCAACCGGAGUCAAGCAACUGGAGACACAGAAGCAAACAGCUGGGAGCUGGCAGAAGCUGAGGAUACCAUACACAAGAGACUUAGCACUGCUGUUAGCCGCUUGGCUACGAUUGGCACAGGACCCCAAAACAGCUUUCAGCCAAGAUCACUGUCAGGGGAAGCGCCACCGUUUCUAAGUGGAAGCGGCUUGGGAGAGGGGCCUCCCUGUGGUGAGAGGGGCUGGAAGCUGUGUUGUCCUGUCACUUUACACCAGACUGAGGACUCAGUUACUGAAUGUGGUCUCCACAUCCCUGCCACACACACACCUGGAUCCAUUUUUCUCUCUUCUGCUCCUGACUGUCCUUACUCUCGGCAUUACGCGCCGGGAACCAGCCUGGCACUGCCUCGGUGACCCUCCUCGGAGCCGCUUUCAGAAAAGCAAGGUAAGUGGGGUGCGGUGUUCCCGGGGCCUCGGGCCAUCAUGGCUUUGUCCACACGUGCAUGGACUUGGGAAGCGCUGGAAGCUGCCCAGCCACGCAGCCAGCCCAUCACUCAGGCACCCUGGCCACGCCGGUGGUCACUCUCGCUGGCAUGUGUCUCACGGCACACACAGACACAACCUACCUGCACCCACAUCCUCAGGGCCCUCACUCACCGGCUCACACAGAUACAGGCUCUCCUCCUGCACAUGCCCGGCCUGAGCCCCACGCUCAGAACACACAGAUGAUUUUCACUAAACAUAUGCACUUCUCUUCUUGCUUCUAUCAAAACUCCCAGGUCCAGAAACACCUGGCAAAUAAGGCCUGUAGAGUAAUUCCAGACAUUUACCAGCUGUGUUUACUUUUGCUUCUGAUAAUUUCCUACCGCUGGCCUCUCUUACUGCUUUCACGUUUGCUGGUAAAACGGGGGAGAAGGACUAGAAUGGUUAUUUAAGUAGAACUGAUAAUCAUUUAACACAGUUUUGGGGUUUUGGUUUUGGGUUCUUUGGAGACCGUGCGGUGCGCCAGGUCUUCACCAUCCAUUGGCAGGAAUAAAUCAGAACCUCUCUGUGGAGAAACACACAGUUUGGGUGUUUGGUCGUGUGGUGGUGAGGGUGGGAGAUGGGGAGGAGGUGUGAAUUACCAAACAACGUGGAAAGGGCUUUACUCAGGAAUAGCAGGGUGCCGUUAAGGAGAAUGCGGAGGAGGCGGCCUUGUCUGAACCCUCAUCCCUGAAUUGCUCUGAUUCACCUGUGAAUACCUGUAUAAGUUUAAGGUUUUAACCUCUUCAUCUGCCAAUUUUGAUAGGAAACCAGGGUGGUUGGGAAGGCAAAGACUUACUUCUGGCUACGAUGUGCCUUUUCUAGGUUUGUCCUGCUAAUUCCUACUCUGCCGGGGUUCAGUGCAUGAGGUUGACUCUUAUAUGCAAUUUUGAUGGACAAGACCAAUAAUUUCCCUCAGCUUACCCAUCUCAAUACCGCAAACUGCUGUAGGGCCUUGAAAACACACUUGCUGCAUUCCUGUCGCGCUGGCCCUGCAGCAGCCAGCCACCCAGCCUGGGAGGCCAGGCGUGCUCCGCAGCGAACGUGGGGCUGCAGUGUGGUUGGUGUGCUGGGGCCCGCCUGCACCAACGCUCAGGAGCUGAAUGUUAAAUCUUGGGACUCUUGUGAGGCAGUUGGUGGUCUGACUUUGGCCACAGUAAGAAUAUUUACACCACAGAAACCAGCAAAAGCCAUGUAUCAGAGCACCCCCCCACACACUCCCCCUCUCCCUACACUCACAGACCUGGUUCACCAGCCCACCACUGGGACUCAGGGCCCGGAGAACAAGUUCUCUCCAUAGCUGUGUGGUCUUGGGACGGCAUUUAACCUCUCUGACUCUUUCACAGAUCAUCUCCAGCAUGGCUCAGCACACUUAUUUAGCUUAGAGUACCAGACUUCAGAUGGAGGGGAUAUGGGAACAAGGAGCACAGGACUGGGAUUAAAUGCAUGGUAUCGGUGCACAUGCUUUGAAACCUUUGAAGUGCAAAGUUUGCAGGAGGAAUUAGAAUUUCUAUAUAAAGGCAAGAGGCCAACCUGGUUCCCUCUAGCCUGAUGAUUGACCUAAGUAAUCACUGAAGUUUGGAGUUACAACCUGAAGGGGAAACAUGCAUAGACUUUUCAUCUUUUUUGGACAGAGAGGCCCUGGGUGCAGUAGUGUUGGGGGUAUCAGCUGGUCUUGUCAUCCCUGCAAGUGAUUUCAGGAAUGCCAGACUGUCUUUUAGCAAUAUGUCCUUGAGAAACACCUCCCUGAAAAGGAAGUUUUACUAACGCCACUUAAUAAGAGAACCAGAGCUGCUAGCGGAGAGGUAAGAAUAGUGGCAGAGCUGGAAUGUGGAAUCUGGCUCCAAGAGGGCAGGAUUAUUUCACUUGACGGCACUGCCCUUCAAUUCAAAGAACUCUGCCCUUGAAGGGUGGGGAGGGCGGGACGGUGAACGAGGACUCUGCGCGCGGAACCGUUUGGAUUUGCUCUUGCUCUUAUGGAAACCUUGCUGGCACCUCCCCUCAUUAGGUUUGUCUGGUUGGGCUCGGACCUGCCUCGUGGAGCCUGUAAGCCUGACCAUGAACCCCACGGAUAUAGCGGACACCACCCUGGAUGAAAGCAUCUAUAACAGUUAUUACCUCUACGAGAGCAUCCCCAAGCCCUGCACCAAAGAAGGCAUCAAGGCGUUUGGGGGGCUCUUCCUGCCGCCGCUCUACUCCUUGGUCUUUCUGUUUGGCCUGCUUGGAAAUUCUGUGGUGGUUCUGGUUCUGUUCAAGUACAAGCGGCUCAAGUCCAUGACCGACGUGUACCUGCUCAACCUGGCCAUCUCGGACCUGCUCUUCGUGCUCUCACUCCCCUUCUGGGGCUACUACGCUGCGGACCAGUGGGUGUUCGGGCUCGGCCUCUGCAAGCUGGUUUCCUGGAUGUACCUGGUAGGCUUCUACAGCGGCAUCUUCUUCAUCACGCUCAUGAGCAUCGACAGGUACCUGGCCAUCGUGCACGCGGUCUUCUCCUUGCGAGCGAGGACCUUGACGUCCGGGGUCAUCACCAGCCUGGCCACGUGGUCAGUGGCGGUGUUCGCCUCCCUCCCGGGCCUUUUGUUCAGCACCUGUUACACUGAGCGCAACCACACCUACUGCAAGACCAAGUACUCUUUCAACUCCACGCGGUGGAAGGUCCUGAGCUCCCUGGAGAUCAACAUCCUCGGGCUGGUGCUCCCCCUGGCCAUCAUGCUGUUCUGCUACUCCAUGAUCAUCAGGACCCUGCAGCACUGUAAAAACGAGAAGAAGAACAAGGCGGUGAAGAUGAUCUUCGCCGUGGUGGUCCUCUUCCUGGGUUUCUGGACCCCUUACAACGUGGUGCUCUUCCUGGAGACCCUGGUGGAGCUGGAGGUCCUUCAGGACUGCACCUUCGAGAGACACCUGGACUAUGCCAUCCAGGCCACAGAGACCCUGGCUUUUGUUCACUGCUGCCUCAAUCCGGUCAUCUACUUCUUCCUGGGGGAGAAAUUUCGCAAGUACAUCGUACAGCUCUUCAAAACCUGCAGGGGCACUUUUGUGCUCUGUCAGUACUGUCCGCUCCUCCAGAUCUACUCCCCCGAGACCCCCAGCUCAUCUUACACGCAGUCCACGGUGGACCAUGAUCUCCACGAUGCUCUGUAGAAAAUGAAAAUGCAGAAAGCAGAGUUAAUAAGCUUCCCGAAUUAAGAGCUUCCUUAAAACUGUAUUGCAGUAAGAGUUCCCUGAGCAAGGGCCAGGAAGAAGACUUCCAUCUACUGCAGAGAUCGGGGCUUCUCACCCUGCAGUCAGUUUUCCUCCUGCCGCAGACAAGAUCAGGGCGACCAGAGUCACCUGGAACAAGGCGUCCUUGCUCUACCAAGCUUUCCUACAGGGAUGCAUGGAUCUGGGGAGGAUCCUGAGCAGUGUUUCCCUGGGGAUACAGAUAAUUCUGGAGAGGGAAGACCAUUCUCUUCUAACCUGAACUCACGGGGUUCUCCAAAAGGAAUUGCAGAGAAUUGACUGGUGGAGUGAAUUGCUACUUCUUGCUGUGAAAAUGAGCACAUUUUCUUUAAUUAAUUUCCAGCUUUUGUGAAACAAUCUAGAAAACUUCAUGCUGUCCCAGGGUUUUUCCAACAAUAUAUCUGAUGCAUGAUCUAUUCCAUGAAGCCAAGUGUAUGCAGAAGCGAAUAGUGAAAUAAUGAACUUAGACCUUUUUUUUUCCUUUUAAUGGAGAUAUACUAGGUAUGAACCCAGAAACUUGUGCACGCUAAGCAUGGGCUCUACCACUGAGCUGUACCCUUCCCCAUGAACUUAGAUCUUGAUUUUUUUAUUGUAAAGGAUUAUUUGUUAACAGAAGCCAAACUUUUAAUGCUAAUUGCAAGUAUGAGGAUAUAAAGGCAUUAGCAUGGUCUGAUUUCCAAAUAUGAAAUACAGAGCAUUAAAAACGCCAACCAUUAUUGUGGAAAUUCAAAGUUUCAUGUGCUUGUGGACAUGUUCCAAUUAUAACAGUUGACUAUUCAAAUUAAAAAAAUAAUAUACAGGCCCAGAUACAUUUGUUUGGGGUCUGUUACUUGUUUACAAACAUCACCUUCAAAGCUAAAAAUAACAAGGCCUAAUCAAGUAUGACAGUGCUUUCUUAAUCAUGCGGACGUGUCUGCCGUCAAGUGAGGCGAGAAUAAUCCAUGAGAAGUUACUGCUCAUGUGGCAUAAAAAUGACUUUCAGAAAUUUAUGAAAUUGUGAAAAGUGUCAUCUUCUCUUUUAAAAUAUUGGCCCUGGUUUUUAACUUUUGGAUGACUCAAAAGUUGGGUAAGUCUUUUCUUACAAGUCAUUUUAAUUGUGUAACUAAUCAUUUUACACCAUUAAGAGAAAUCCCUGUUCUCACUCACAGCCUUAAUCAGAAGUAAGUAAAGACUUUAUCAGAGUCUGGGGACACCUAUCAUCUCUCCAAAAACAAAAUCAAUUUUGCAAACUAUUACCUGAGUUAACCAGUGUAACAUGCUUUUGUAAAUUUACACAUUAUUGCAUGCUUUAUGUUUACAAAGAAUGCAUUUCCCCAAAAUUUGUUUUCCAGAAAAGUGAUUUUAAAAGAGUAAACUGAUGUUGCCUUUAUAGAAAUCCAAUCAACUACAAUAAAAUAAACUUGUGUAUAGUC